GUGCUUCUUUGGAGGGCUGGCUGUGCUAUUUGAGCUAGGCUCUCCCGCUUGAAGGAAAAGAGGGAGAAAAAGAGGCAGAGAGCGGGGAAAGGCUGAAUGGGACUCGAGUUGCGUGCAUGACUUUCGUGAGAUCCUCUCCCCCUCAGGGCAGCAGCCCUCGUUUGCCUCGCAGGCUGGAGGUGAGCGGCAGGAGGAUGGCAACACUCUGUUCCUGAGAGCACAAUAUAACCUUGUUCUGACCAAGAACAAUACAAGGACAUCUUGAGGUUGGUCUAGGGAGAAGAAGGCAUUCAAAAUGGCGGAGCUGGCUGUUGAGAAUGGCAGCUGCAUGGACUGGCAGAAACGAUGUCUUGCGUUGGAGACACAGCUCUUCAAAUUCCGCCUGCAAGCUAGCAGGAUCCGGGAGCUUUUGGCUGAGAAGAUGCAAGAACUGGAGCAAAGAGUGGUUGAGGCAGAACAGAGAGCCCAAAAUGCAGAGAAACAGUGUGAGGGAAUCUUUCAGGUGGAAGUUAUGGAAGAGAAGCUGAAACUUGCCCACAUGAAAACAAGCGGUUCAAGUGUACACAAGAAAUACCAGGAGCUGUUGGGCAGAGUGCAAGAAAAGGAUGAACUGAUCGAGAACCUGGAGACACAGCUGGAAAAACAGAAGCAACUGAGAGCGGAUGAUGCUAAAAUUGUCCAAGAAAAGGCUGCCAAAAUUAAAGACUGGGUGACAGCUAAACUAAGAGAGCUUGAGAUGGAAAACCAUUACCUCAAGGGUUAUAACCUGAAGCUGACUGAGCAGAUCAAAGUCCUUCAAACAGCGCUGCAAGAUUUGAUGACUGUGCCUUCUGAAGAAUCUGUUUCCAACUGCAACAUCCAGCUGUUUCGAGACCGAUUGUCAUGCCUCCUUGAGAACUCAGACCAGGAUUCCAGGAUUCUUGCAAUGGACAUCAAACAGGCAUAUCAGAGUGUAUCCAUGAAAGGGGUUCCUUAUAUAGCAAGUGUGGUAUUUAUGAAUGAUGCCUGUGUAGCGGGUGAGGUUAACAAAUCGGUGCCUUCUCGGAGCUCACUGAGGCUUAUCUCUGACUUCCCAGACUACCAGAACUCUUCGGUAAAUGACCUGGUCCCCAUGGCACACACCCAAAUCUGCCCAUCAUCAAACCACCAAGAUGAGACUGUGAAAUUUCAUGGAGCUUUAACUUUUCAGUCUCCCCUGGAGGAACUGCAGAAUUCCAUUGGGGAUUCAGACAAGACAUUAUCUGACUUGUGCAAGCCAGCAGAUGGGCUGAGUACUGACUUCAGAACUCAUAGGUUGCACUCAUCCUCAUCUGGGGAAGUGAAAAAUGUUCUUAAUGGUUCUCUUUCAACGUCAACUCCAGCCCUGAAGUUGCCAAAAUCCAUUACUUCAACCUCCCACAAUUUCCCAGGAAGGGAAGCUGGACUAGGUAACAGCAUGACCCUCCCCAAAGUUCGGACUCCUAGCAAUCCAAGGGACAGCAUCCUGCUAGCCAAGCGGCAUUAUAGCCAACCACAGUCAGGUACAGAUUCCUUCCAUCAUGUGGCGAACAAUGAUAUCGGCACUUUUAAGCCUAUAAGAGCUGCUUCACAUUGCCGGGGACAAGUGGAAGAGACGGAUAUAGAUGAAGAAGUAGCUGAGAACAUGGAGAUGGAAGACUGUCUGGGGGAGGAGGCAGGGAUGAAUGAAGAGAUUCAUCAGCAAUCUUGCUGUAAUAAGGAGACAUGGACUUCUGAAACCAGAGUGAUGGACCCAGGAGGCAAGCCACCCACUCCUCCACUGCACAGAUUUCCAUCUUGGGAGAGUCGGAUCUAUGCAGUAGCCAAGUCUGGCAUGAGGCUUUCAGAAGUUGCUCUUGGGAGUGACUCUUCUAGCCGCACUUCAAAUUCUUCAAGCUAUUCACCCGCUGGAACGUUCACCUGCCUCAUUUACAGAAAUGUCACUGUGCCUGUGUACACCAUGCUAAAAGGGAAAGCUACCCAAAUCAGCAACGUUCCUUUCUUAGACGAGUCCUCCGGCUCUGAUGAUGACUGCAGCUCUCAUGUAAGCUUCAGAACCUCCAAUGCAGGAUCUGAAUGCAGAAAAACAAGCAUACCAGGCAGUCCUCGUGCAGUGAAGCGAGCAGGUGUCUCUAUGUCUUCGCUAAGCUCGGAGAGUGACUACGCCAUCCCCCCUGAUGCCUACUCCCUGGAUGAAGAUUAUUCUGAACCGGAGCUCAAAUUGCAGAGGACAUCAUCCUAUUCCACGGAUGGUGGAGUGUGCAGUGAGCCACUGGAGAAAUCUGGCUAUUUGCUGAAAAUGGGCAACCAGGUGAAGGCAUGGAAGAGGCGAUGGUUUGUGUUGAGAAAUGGACAGAUCAUGUAUUAUAAGUCCCCGAGUGAUGUCAUCUGCAAGCCCCAGGGGCAGGUGGAACUGAAUUCUUCUUGCCAGAUCAUACGGGGUGAAGGAUCUCAAACAUUCCAACUCAUCACUGAAAAACGAACCUAUUUCCUGUCAGCUGACUCUCCUAACAUUCUGGAAGAAUGGAUUUGUGUCCUUCAAAACAUCCUGAAGGUGCAAGCGACCAGUCCUACGGAAGUCCCUCUCAGUGAUGCCAAACCCACUGUGAAAGGCUGGCUCACCAAGGUGAAACAUGGACACUCCAAGCUGGUUUGGUGUGCGCUGAUUGGAAAAACAUUUUACUAUUAUCGCAGUCAGGAAGAUAAGUGCCCCCUUGGCCAUUUGCACUUGCGGGAAUCAAAGGUGGAAGAAGUGGAUCGCUCCUGUGAUUCUGAUGAAGAUUAUGAGGCUAAUGGAGGGCGGCUGCUUUCUUCACAUUGCACCCUGGUUAUUCACCCUCCAGAGCAGAGUCCCACCUACCUACUCAUUCGUACCAAACAGGAGAAGGAUACCUGGUUGUACCAUCUGACAGUAGCAGCAGGAAGUAGCAGUGCAAAGGCCGGCACUGCCUAUGAGCAGCUGAUUGGGAAGCUACUAGAUGCAGAAGGAGACCCAAAUUCUCCCUUGUGGAAACAUCCUAUGCUGUGUUACAGCAAAGAGGGACUGCAGGCUUCCCUCACCACUCUGCCUUCAGAAGCACUGCAGACAGAGGCCCUCAAACUCUUCAAGUCUUGCCAGCUGUUUAUCAACAUUCCUGUGGAAGCUCCAUCUAUUGAUUACCAUGUGACCCUGGCUCAGACAGCACUCCAGGUCUGCCUGACUCACAGCGAGCUACAAAAUGAAAUCUAUUGUCAGUUAGUCAAACAGACCAGCAGGGAAGCUCAGAAUCACUCCGUCAUCCAGUGCUGGCAAUUACUAGCUCUCUGCGCUCCUCUCUUCCUGCCUCAGCAACAUUUCCUUUGGUAUCUCAAGCAUCACCUACAGCAGCAUGCAGACCCCAGAACCGAAAUAGGCAAGUAUGCCAUCUACUGUCGAAGAUCAAUGGAGCGCACUUUGAAAGCUAGAGAGCGAGAAGCUAGACCUUCCCGAAUGGAGGUCGUGUCCAUUUUGCUGAGGAAUCCCUACCACCACUCACUCCCCUUCAGCAUCCCAGUACACUUCAUGAAUGGAACCUACCAGGUGGUAGGCUUUGAUGGCUCAUCUACCGUGGAUGAGUUCUUGCAGCGGCUGAACCAGGAGACAGGAAUGAGGCUGUCGUCCAACUCGGGGUUUUACCUAUUUACAGACGAUCCUUCUGGUAGGGAUCUAGAACACUGCCUACAAGGCCCUAUGAAGAUCUGUGAUGUCAUUUCAAAGUGGGAACAAGCUUUGAAAGAGUUGAAUCCUGGAAAAUAUGAAGGUGGCACGAGAAUAGUGAAACUAACGUAUAAAAACAGGUUGUAUUUCCGAAGCCAAGCAAAAGGCGAGACUGACCGAGAACGGUUGCUGCUGGCUUUCCAGAUUAGUGGGGAAAUAGCCAGUGGGAGAUUCCCUGUCAAUAAGGAGCUGGCUCUGGAAAUGGCAGCUUUGAUGGCUCAGGUGGAAUAUGGAGACUUAGAUCGGCCAGUACCAUCAAGUCCUGGAAGGUCAUCCCACUCCAAAAUGCAACAUCUUCUCCAGCAGGUCCUGGACAAAUUCUAUCCCAAGCGCUACAAGCAUAGCACUACUGCAGAGCAGCUAAGGCGGCUGGCUGACCGACUGGCUACAAAGUGGAUGGUGCUGCAGGGAUGCUCCCCGCAAGAAUGCAUUCGGAUCCAUUUGACUGUGGCUCGGAAAUGGCCUCUUUUUGGAGCCAAACUUUUUCCUGCUAAGCCCAUCCUACCUUCUCCCUUGGAAGACUCUCCACUUUGGAUAGCUGUGAAUGAAGAUGGAAUCAGUAUACUGGAAUAUAAUACUUUGCACUUAAAGCUGGCUUACUCGUACUCUUCUGUACUGACCUUUGGAGGCUGUCACGAUGACUUUAUGGUUGUGGUCAGUCAAGUGAAGGACAGGUGCUCUGGCAAAACCACUCCUGAAAAACUACUUUUUACAAUGGCAGCUGUAAAGAUUGCUGAAGUAACUCUCCUUAUGGCCAGCUAUAUUAACUACAGUGCAUCGACGCCACACCUGUCUCCUACGCCUCCUCCUCAGAGCAUCAGUUCACCAUGGAGAACGUCAUCUACUAAGAAGCUCAUGGAACUUGAAAGCAGGUCUUUCUUUCCUUCUCUGCCCCGGACCACAAAGGGGCCUACACUGCUGUAAGCCCUGUUUCAAGUGCCUUUCGGAGUUGUCUUGCCACACUGUGAAUUGAAAACUGCUGUGAUUUCAUUGCUUAUGUGCCCUGCUAAUCAGGCAGACUCCAGGUCUACCUCCUUGGUGAAGUGCAACUUUCCUAGAGGCUUGUUUAGAGCUAUACACCUUUUUUCCCUUUAAGAACUAGAGCUGGGGGUAGGGUUACUUACCGGUAUUUUGAAUAGAAGGGGUAUCCUUCACACUUUGUCCCUGCUAGAGUUCUAGCGUAACACGGCAUUGCCUCAAACCACUUUUAAACCACACCCUUGAUUUCACCUUUUUGGGUGGCUUCGCUGAUUCCACGCACACGCAACUGUAUCAAAGCUUUUUCUUUUGCAACUAGGAUUUCUCUCAGACCUCACUCCCGACUGCAAGAGUUUUGACAGCAUUCAUCUUCUUACUAAACAUGUGUUAUGAUUAGAAACUAAUCAUCAGUUUCUCAGCUGUUAAUUAAUUUCUUCCUGAAUAUGCAUUCAUCAGCUAUUGACCUGCAAACUUCCCAGGACAGAAAGCUUGGUUUGGGGUCUUCACCUGAUUGCCAACUUUUACUCUCUUGCCUUUCUCACUUUCCUCUGCAAAAAUAGCACUAUUUGU